AUGGCUAACCCAAGAGGGGAAUACAAAGCCAUAACUCUAAGAAGUGGGAAGGUUGUAGAGGAAGGAACCCCAAGCAAAGAUAAUCAUGAAGAGGUUACAUCAAAGCAUGGGAAUGAGGAUGAAGGGGAGAUCCCAGCUUCACCUCCACCAAAACCAGUCUUGAAGCCAUAUGUUCCAAAGGCACCAUACCCACAAAGACUGAGAAAAGAUGGGAAGGAUGGCCAGUUCUCUAAGUUCCUAGAGAUCUUCAAGAGGCUCCAAAUUAACAUACCAUUUGUUGAGAAAGGGGAACUAGUCUUGAGAUUGCAUGAAGAGAAAAUGGUCUUCAACGUCUUUAAAGCAAUGAGUUACCCCAAGGAAUCCAUAGGAGAAUGCAUGCUGGUAGAUACCAUAGAACAGAUAGUUCAAGAAGUCAUGGAAGAAGAACAAUGUGGAGAAAGCAUUAAGCUGGAACAAGCACCAGAUGGAGAACUACCACAAGCAGCCAUGAGGAACUCAAUCAUGCCAACUACCACAGACAACAAAGAUGCAGAGUCACCAAAACUAGAGCUGAAAGCCUUACCACCCAGCUUGAGGUAUGCAUAUCUGGGUGCUAACAACACUCACCCAGUAAUCAUAAAUUCAAGUAUGAGUAAGGAACAAGAAGAGGAACUUAUCCAAGUGCUAAGACAACACAAUGAUGCCAUAGGCUGGACACUUGCAGAUUUAAAGGGGAUCAGUCUUUCAAUGUGGGUGAUCUACCCCAUCUCAGAUAGCCCUUGGGUAAGCCCAAUGCAAGUAGUCCCUAAGAAGGGAGGGAUCACUGUUGUGGCAAAUGAGAAGAAUGAAUUGAUACCCACAAGGACAGUGACCGGAUGGCGUAUGUGCAUUGACUACCGGAAACUUAAUGAAGCCACCCGGAAGGAUCACUUUCUCCUACCCUUCAUGGACCAGAUGCUUGAAAGAUUGGCAGGACAUGAGUAUUAUUGUUUCCUGGAUGGAUAUUCGGGCUACAAUCAAAUUGUUGUAGACCCCAAGGAUCAGGAAAAAACUUUAUUUACAUAUAUAGUUAACUUCAAGGCUAUUGGGGAGCUACCAACUAACAUCAAUAAGCACAUGAGGAGGAAGCUAAUCAAGGAUGCCAAACAUUACAUCUGGGAUGACCCCUAUUUGUUCAAAAAGUGUGCUGAUGGAGUCCAAAGAAGGUGUAUAUCCCAUGAAGAAAGGCAGGAAGUAUUAUGGCAGUGCCAUGGGUCAUCAUAUGGAGGUUACUUCAGUGGAGAAAGGAUAGCAGCAAAAGUGCUUCAAUCCGAAUUUUACUAG